AGCUAAAACACCAUCCUAUAAAUCUAAGAAGCAAGCGAAGAAGAAGAGAGAAUCAAACUGAAAAAAAAAAGAUGAUCAGAGGAGGAGGAGGAAAGUCUUCAGGUUACUCUGCAGAUCUGAUGGUUUGUUUCCCUUCAAGAACACGCUUGUCUUUACAUUCUAAAUCCAUUUUUAGCCCUUCUCAUUCCCUUAUCCGCCGUCAAAAUGCUCCUCACCACCGCCGCAGCUUCAGUAAGCUCUCAGGAAGCGGCGGCAGCCUGCAUUAUAGUCAAAGAGAGGUAGCAGAAGAACCAACGUCGCCGCAAGUCACGUGUGCCGGUCAGAUCAAAGUGCGGCCUAGUAAACGCAGUGGUGGAGGCAAGAAUUGGCAGUCGUUGAUAGGGGAGAUAGACAAGAUACAUAGAACCAAGUCGGAGGGUAAGUUUUUGGGGAUUAAGAAGGAUGUCAUGGGGUUCUUGACGUGUCUCCGUGAUCUUGAUUUUCGGUGUUUUGGUGUGUUUCCUCCAGUAGAUGCAGUCUCCCACGAAGAGGAAGAUGAAGAUGAAGACGAAGCUUCGGGGAGUGUUUUCUCAAAAUGGUCUAAGGUUCUACACGAAAAGGAAAAAGCGUUUACAGACGCGGAAACUGCGGUUCCGCCGCCAAACGCGUUGUUGCUGAUGCGGUGCAGAUCUGCGCGGGCAGACAAUGAAUGUGAAAACACUGAAAAAGAUAGAGGAGAAUACGAGAAGGAGACAGUGAUAAAGAAGAAGGAUCUGAGAACAUUGAUGGAGAAAGAGAAAAAUGUAAAUAUGGUGGUGAUGAAUUACGACACAAACUGUUACAAACUCUCUCCAGACAUCUCCAAGGAAACAUGGGUUGUAGGUGGAACUCAAGAUCUUCUGUUCCGAAGUCAAAGCUGGAAGAGAUAAUCUUUGUUAUUGAUCAUUGGUAAAUCCUUUUGUAAAACUAAUACAUUUUCUUGUGAGGUAUUA